CGAUCUUUUGUUUAUAUUUACUGAUAAUACGUUGUUUUUUUUAAAUGUAAUAAUAGAGGCGGUUGAACAGGAUUUAUGGAAAUCGAACCCACAACGUGAGAUUUAUGUGGCAUCUUAAUUGAUUUCCGAUACAUAUACAUUCAUGAGAACUUAUUGCACAUUUUAUUAACCGAAUAAUUCCCUAUUUUAAUGCACAUUCAAUCAAACUAUCAUUUUUCUUGGUCCUCUUUUUUUAAUAGUAUGUAAUCUAGUAACUAUAAUAUUCAGGGAACUGAUGUUCCCUGACGAAUUCGAUCCCGUAUCUCUUAGCUCCACAAUCAAAGACGUUACCAUUGAACUAUUCGGCCCGGAUAGGAAAUCACUUUAUAGUAUGAUGUAAAAUAUAUGCUUUAUGAUUUGUGUGCAGAAAUCUUUGCUAGUAUGUUUAGUGGUAUUGGAUCCUAACCACAAACCUCAAAACUGAACAUGAGAUAACUGGGAAAACAGACUUUCAACAUAUAACACUAAACGUACAUCAAUAAUGAUCGACGCGGUAACAUUGAUUUGAAAUUUAAUUCGUCGAAUAGCAUGGCUCGACUUUGCGGGCAUGUUCAUUCAUGUGUAACUUAUCCAUUUUAUUCAGAUUAAUUAUACUGUCCUAUCUCCAGCCCAAAUGUUUUCUACACCAUAUACUGAUGAUUGUUAUAAUACGAUUAGUCAGAGCAGACAAUGAUGUGACUUUCACGAUUAGGUCUAUUAUUAGAGAAGUACUAAUAACGAAGUAGACCAUAAUUCUACAUUGAUGAGUCCGACGUGAUGCAAAACCGCAGUCUCAUUGUAACUUAAUAUGAAUGUUAGAAUAUUGGAUGAUUAAUACAGGUAUAAUAUGUACUUUCAUAGGUAACGUACUACAUUUUGAUAUAUGAUUAUUGGAAAAAUUGUUGAUAAUAUUUGCAGUAUGAGAAUUACACAAUAUUCGAUGAAAGCACAUUUGUUCAAAUCAAUCAUUUAAUUAUGCAAAAAUCGAUAAUGGCAAGCAAUGGAAUCCAGUUUGAUGCGCAUUUCUUCAUAUUUAGUAUUCGUCAGCUGGGUGUACCUACAUCUCGGAGUUGAUGUUCACUCUCGAACUCGAACCUAGUACUGCUCGCUUCAAACGUCAUCACGCUAUCAACUUAGCCACUGAGUUCCGAUAGUCACCUGAUUUUGCAGUAGGAUGAAUGUUAGUUUUUUUUUAAUUUGACGGUUGCAGUCUUUAUGUAUUUUUAGCUUGAAAAAAUUUUCUCAAUAAGAAUGAGUCUGUUAGAAUCUUGUUUGGUGUGAUCUCAUUUUAGCAUCUGGGGGAGCUUCACACUUCAUAAAUCAAUUCCAUCAUUUGAACUGAGUAAUAUUUUUAGAUACGAGUAUUUACUCACUCACGCCUGUUACUUCCAGUGGAGCAUAAGCAGCCUACCAGUAUUCUUCAACCCACUCUGUCCUCCGCCAUCCUUUCUGGUUUUAUCCAAUUGUUGUUCAUUCUUCUUAUGUCUGUCUCCAUUUCUCGGCGUAAUGUGUUCUUUGGUCUUCGUUUGACCUUGAGGAUUCGAAGUCAGGAUUGGCCUUGUGACGCAGUUAAGUGCUUUCCUCAAUGUAUGCCCCAUCCACUCCCAGCUCUUCUCCAGAAAUGAGUAUUUGGACUAAAACAAAUAAUCUAUUCAGACACAUGAAAUCUGAUGUUUUAGUAAGAUUUGUUUUGCACUUAAGUAAACUCUGAUGGCAAUUUAUUGUUUGUUGUCGACGUAUCACACACAGUCUGUGUAUGGUCACGUUUUUGAUGGAGUUUUGUUCUCUCAGCUGAAUGGUUUGGUUGUGGCACUUUCUUCCACCUGAAAUUUGUGUUCAGAAGAACGAUGAAAGCUCCAUGAACAAACCAUCCAGCUCAAAGAACAAAACUCCAUCAAAAUCAUCCACCUGAGCUACAAAUCUUCUCUACCAUCUCAUAGUCAUGUUUUUUCCCAUCAUUCAUUGAAUCAUUAAUCUGAAAUAAUAAUCUUUCAUUAAUUUUAUUUCAGUUAAUGAAGAGCAGAAAAACAAUAAUGAAAUCCGAGAAAUGUUUGAAGACUACGAAUAUUCAGAUGAACGACAUAAUUUGGAACGUGAAAUAGAAGAUCUCAGGCAGAAAGUCAAUGACUAUAAAAAGCAAUUAGAUGAGUCUGACAAGAAUCUGAAUAAAGCUUUUAAUAACCUACUUCUUGCACAUCCGGAUUAUCAAGCUGUAGACAAAAAACACCGUGAUGCUUUCGGAAAAUACUUUAAAGAUUUAAGUGAUCAUCUUAAGAUAUUGACAACUAAAGAAGUUCAAAGAAUAGAUGUCCUUGAAUUACUUUCAUUAAAAGAAAGAAUACAAAUCUAUGAAAGUAUAAUGCGAGAAGAAAGAAACCAGAAGCAUGAACGAAACUUCAACCAAACAAAAUAUUGUUCUCAAACUGUUUUAACAAAGACUCUGUUAACUUUUUCAUUCACUGAAAAACCAAAAAAAGUAUCAUUGUUCAUUUUAAUCAAGUGUCUUUUCGUUAAAAUAACGUUGUGUAUUGUGUUGACAGAUUUUGCAACAGUUCAAAUCAUUAGCAAAGAUGGACGAUGACUAGCGGUGAAAUCCGGUUUAAAGUGCGUUUCGUACUAUUUGGAACACAUCAGCUGGAUGUACCUGCAUCUCAGGAUUGAUUUUCACCCUGCGAUUCGGAUCCAGCAUCGUUCGCUUCAAAUACCAUCGGGUUAUCCACUCAGCUGCUUAGUCCUGAUAGCUACUUGCUUGUGCAAUAGAUUUCUUUUCGUCAAUUUCAUUCUGAAGUUAUACAAUCGCUUAUAAUUGUGUUGUGUAAACUGAUAGUUAAUAAAAUACUUUCUAAUGAUAAUAAAUUGUCAGAUAAAACAAUUAAUUUAGCCAGAUCUUUUGUGAGAUGGUAACUCACUGAAGACAAUGAUGGACGCUGGUGCAAUUUCGUGGAUUGGCUGGAGUUAGAAAUUAACACCGUCGUAUGCCGGCUCAGUGGUUUGGAGGUUAAGCGCUCGCGCGCCACAUCGAAGGUCGUGAGUUUAAACCUCGCAAAGCAGGAUCGUGGAUGCGCACUGCUGAAGAAUCCCAUGCUAGGACGAGAUGGCUGCCCAGUGCUACCAGGUUCUCCAUGGUUAUCUAGGUUUAAUCGACUCAUGGAUUCAACUAUUAGAUAAUAAUUUAGUAUGCACUUUACUCUGAAAACGUUCAUGGUCUACCAUUACACCAUUAACUCGAGUACUGAUUAGAAAAUCAGGAUAUAUUUUCAGCUAUCACUAUCUUAUUUCAAAAUACGAUAAAGUUCUCUAUUACUAUCGAAAGAACUUGGUGAUCACCAUGGACUUUGUAUCGCUUUGAUGCGAGCAUACAUGAGUGAAACUCCAGAAUGAAUGUGCUUAUACUCCCUCCAUGAAGUGUUUACCUUUAAUAAUCUUACAGAACAGAGGUAUGGACUAGUGACUCAGGAACCCUAGAUUUAAGUUGGCCGAAUUUCGAAAUAUACACCGGUGGAUACCGGUUCAAUGGUCUGGAGGUUAGGCUGAUGUUACUGCGUAAAAUCCCUUGUAGUGAAGUUGUGUAUGCCGAAGAUUCCUUUACUAAGAAG